AUGGGCGCGGCGGACGACGCGGCGGACGCGGAGGCCAAGGCGACGCUGAUCUGCAGGAAUGCGAGCUGCGCCCCGCUGCAGCUGCAGGUAUCGGUCGCCGCCAACGGCCGCAGCAGCGACCCCGGGGACAGCGGCGCGCUGGAGGCGGGGGCGAUACGGAAGCUGAACAGGCACGUGCUGACUAUAUUGUUCGCGGUGGCGAUGCUGUGCUACAUAGAUAGGACCAACCUCGCCUUUGCUUCGGUCAAUAUGACCGCAGAUCUGGGAUUCAACGCCCAGGUGUACGGCUUGGGCAGCGGCCUGUUCUUCGUCGGCUACUCCCUGUCCAUGGUGCCGGCGCAGCUGGCGCUGCUGCGCGUCGGCGCGCCGCGUGCGCUGGCGUGCAUCGUGACGCUUUGGGGGGCGACCGCCAUGGCCUUCAGCACGCUGGCGGGGGAGACCCAGUUUUACGUUCUGCGGCUGCUGCUGGGGGCGUUUGAGAGCGGCGCGUUUCCGGCAAUGUGGUUUUACAUCAACUCUUGGUACCCCCCGGCCCACAUAACGCUGUCAUACUCUGUCAUCGAGGCCGCGGUGGGCGCCGCCAACUGCCUGGCCGAGCGCGCCUGGCUGUCCGUCGCGUCGGCCGGCGCCCGCAAGCACGCGGAGCAGGGGGAGGCGCUGGGGGGGCGGCGGCUGCUGAUUGAGUCGCUGAGCAAUUCGCGGCUGUGGGCCAUCAUGGCGGUCGGCGUGCUCAAGAACGCCGCGCUCACAGGGGUGCUGUUCUUCGCGCCAAAGCUGGUGGAUGCGAUUAUGUCGGGCUCCGCCGUCGACAUCGCCGCCGGCGCCGCAGCCAAGGGCGUCCGCGCCCACGCGCCGCGCGCAGCAGCCGCCGCCUCCUCCCGCGCGCUCCUCGCGCACGCGCCGCCGCCGACGGCCGCGGGCGUGCGCGCCGCGCUGCUGACCGCCGUGCCCUUUGUCCUCGCGGCCGCGGCGGCGGUGUGGCUCGGCAAGCGGUCCCAGGAAAAGGGCGAGCGGUGCCGACACAUGGCGGUGCCCUGGUUCAUCUCGGCCCUGAUGUUCCUGCUCUUCAGCUCGGCAGCUUCCCAUUCGCCCCAGGCCGGGUUUGUCUGCCUGACGCUGGCGGUCGUGACUGCCACGUCACCCAACGCGCUGCUCAACACGCUGGCGUCUUCGGUCAGCCAGGGGCCCGCGCAGGCGGUGUCGCUGAGCCUCUACAACGCGGUUGCAAACGUCGGCGGCUUGAUAGGGCCGCUGUUCAUUGGGUUUGUGGUGCACCACACGGGGGUGUACACCGCCGCGAUGCAGGGGCUCGGCUUGCUGGUGGCGGGGGCCGCAGCGAUCGUCUGGCACAUGCAGCGCUGGGGGGUGUGA